AUGGCGGCCUGACGGUAUGUCGUUUUCCUAACGUUAUCCUGACAGUCUCAUGGAGAAAAAAAAAAAAAUCAUUUUGGUGACAGCCACCUGGACUCCUCAACAUAUUCACUUUAUCUAUUCUCGAGACAAGAAUUAAUUGUUUGUCAAAGAGUUGGCAUCGGUCAGCUCUCGAUCAUGUCUUUCACGUUACACCCGCACCGUAAGUGUCAGUUGGUUAACGUUUAAGUUGCUUAUAGCCUUAGCUAAUGUCUUGUGCGGUCGCUAGCUAGCUUUCAACGGCUGUAAGCAUCAUCACUACGACAAUGGGCUUCCUUCCCACCGCUCGUCUGAUUGAAGGGUGAGGGGAACGAUGCUGAGAUUCCUCCAUAUCCUUUUAACAGGCCUGUUAGGUGUUCUGUGGGAUGGAGUUACAGCUUUUGGUGGGGUCAGACUAGUUGAUGGGGAGAGCAAGUGUUCUGGCAGAGUUGAGGUACUCCUUCACAACCAGUGGGGGACUGUUUGUGACCAUGGCUGGGACCCCCGGGAGGCUAAUGUGGUGUGCCUGGAGCUGGGCUGUGGCUUAGCUGAAUUUACCCCUCAUGGUGCAGUAUAUGGUGAAGGCAGUGGCCCGAUCUGGCUGCGGCAUGUCCAGUGCCUCGGACAUGAGUCCAGUUUGACACGCUGUGCUGUUGCCCUCCACAAUAACGCCUACUGCACCCAUGAGAAUGAUGCAGUGGUGAAAUGCUCAGGUACCCUUUUAAUGCCAACCCUCACCCUGCUGUCACCUCACACUGUGUUCUCUCCUGGCGAGGCUGUUCGCUUCAGCUGCAGUAUUCUACAGGGUCACCUCAGUGACUUUCACCUGUACAAGCAUGGAGUGUCUACACCACUGGUUACACAGAGGGCGGACCAGACCCAGAAAAAAGCGGAGCUGACACUGUCCGACAUAGAGACUUUCCACCAGGGCAGCUACAGUUGUCAGUACAGGAUCAAGAGCGGCUUUCCUUCUCAGCUGCUCAGCUCUCCACCUAGCAACUCCAUCAACAUCACUGUUGUGGAACUCCUGACUCCACAACACUGGUACAACACGUCCACUGAGGCCCCGGCUGGUUCCGUCAUUAAAGGCCACAAUUUUAACAUCACCUGCUCCACCCCACAGCAGUACCCUGGAGGUUCCUUCCAGCUGCGUCUGAUCCGCUCCAACGGCACAGUGCGCCAGUCCCUACCUGCCCUCACACCAUCCGUCACUUUCACCUUUUCCAACGCCCAGAGCUCCAACGAGGGCUACUACUACUGCCUGUAUCGGGUCCAGCUGGGUGGGCGCACCUUUGUCUCCAGAGAAAGCCAACCCCUGCCAAUAGCCAUCAGAGACCCAGAUCCAGUACUGAGUCCAAUGGGAAUCAGCUGGCUUGUGUCAGGCCUGACAUUUGUUGUAGCUGUCGUCAUUUUAAUCAUUGUGGCCAAGGUGCUGUGUAACAAGGAGAAGAAGCCCACUGAACUGGAGCGAGAGACCAGAACCUGUGUGGACAACACUUAUGUUGCCUUAUCAAUUAACAAGCUAUGAUGGAGUAUGCAGGCAACAGAUCACUAAAGCAGAAUCACGAGUGAGUGGACAGUCAGAGGGCUCACACAGCAUCCACCGUGGAUUCAGGAGACAGAACGCAGAACCAAACCGCUUGGUCCGUCAUCCAGCACACCUUCGGAGAAGUUGAGUACAGUUUGGAUGAGGCAGUUUUUACUGGACUCUAACAUAGACCUACAUCAUACCAAACUUCUGGCUAGUGUUCCUUCUGGGAAACAAUGGCUUUUAAGUCUUGUAUUAUGGUGAGAUGUGAGCCACUGGCCACAGAAGACUGACAGUAAAAACUAUAUCCAGUUCAAAGUCCAUAGUGGUCCCAGCUAGACCUCAGAUUCACUCGGACUCGGCUACUGCCAUGGCGCCAGAUGUUUGGAGUGGAAAACGGCAACUAAACGCUAAACUGGGGAAACUGUGAUGUGGGUCCCUCAGGUCGGUGUAAAUGCAGUUUAAAAACAUUUUUGUAUUUAUUACCAGGUAACUCUAAUGAUAGGCUCUACUAGCUUGUGUACUCUUCUAUGGAUCAAUGAUCCUUAAGGAUUAGAAUGUUUUUUUUUGUAUUUUAAAUCUAACCUUACUAUGCAUCUUAUGUAUUUUACAAUAUGUACAUUACUGCACUAAAAGUUGGUAAAUAGAAGUUGUAGUUAAAUAAAAUACGGCUGUUGUUGGA